UGUUUUCUGGUUUUCUGAGAGCGAGCGAGCGAGGUUGAAAAGGUGGGUUUUCGCGCUGCAUCCUGGGUACAUAGCUCCACUGUGAUGCAGUGAGCCUGUUGUGUUGACUGGAGACCAGCGCAAAGUAAACGGAGGAGGGUCUGCUACAGGGGAGGGGAGCUCUCAGCGAGUUACAAUGCGUCUUUCACCGUGUUGAGCCGUCUAGCUGAGCCAUGAGCCAACUUCGCCGGUCGCCUCGUCGCGGAACGAGCCACUCCUGAGCUCCGAAAACGAGUCCUUGUUGGCGGCGGAGAGCGAACAUGAAGAAGCCGAGCGCCCCGCUCAGUGUCGUCGGCUUGACUGAGAAAUGGUAGCGCGCUGUGGGAACCGCACUGGGAAGGAUCAUGGUCGAGAGGAGCAGCAAAUUCUUGUUGAUAGUCGUCGGAUCCGUGUGUUUUAUGCUGAUUCUGUAUCAGUACGUGGCUCCCGGGGUGAUCAAUUUUGGCUCCCCGCACGGUUAUUUCACGGAGGAAGACGAGGGGGACAUCUUCCCCACUCCGGACCCCCACUACGUUAAGAAAUACUACUUUCCCGUCAGGGACCUGGAAAGGACGAUCGAUUUUCAAAUCAAGGGGGAGGACGUGAUCGUGUUUUUGCACAUCCAGAAGACCGGCGGGACUACCUUUGGUCGGCACCUGGUCCAGAAUGUCCGUCUGGAGGUCCCCUGCGACUGCAGACCGGGACAGAAGAAGUGUACCUGCUACCGGCCGAACCGCAAGGAGACCUGGCUCUUCUCUCGGUUCUCCACCGGCUGGAGCUGCGGCUUGCAUGCCGACUGGACCGAGCUCACCAACUGUGUGCCGGGGGUCCUCAACAAGAAGGAGAGCAAGCAGAAAACUCUGAGGAAGUUCUACUACAUCACUCUGCUGAGGGACCCCGUGUCUCGCUACCUGAGCGAGUGGAGGCAUGUGCAGCGAGGAGCCACAUGGAAAACCUCUCUGCACAUGUGCGAUGGGAGAACUCCGACGCCAGAGGAGCUGCCUUCCUGCUACGAGGGGUCGGACUGGUCGGGGUGCACGCUGCAGCAGUUUAUGGACUGUCCGUACAACCUGGCAAACAACAGACAGGUUCGCAUGCUGGCGGACUUGAGUCUUGUCGGCUGCUACAACAUGUCCACGGUCCCAGAGAAGAAGAGGGCCCAGCUACUGCUGGAGUCAGCUAAGAAGAACCUGCGAGACAUGGCCUUUUUUGGUCUGACCGAGUACCAGAGGAAGACCCAGUUCCUCUUUGAACGGACCUUCAGGUUACGCUUCAUCAGGCCGUUCAUGCAGUACAACAGCACGCGGGCAGCAGGAGUGGACCUGGACAACGCCACGGUGCAGCGUAUAGAGGAGCUGAACGAGCUGGACAUGGAGCUCUACGACUACGCCAGAGACCUGUUCCAGCAGCGCUACCAGUACACCAGGCAGCAGGAGAGGCGGCAGCAGCGCAUCAAGAACCAUAUGCAACAGAACCACCAAGGCCUCAGUCUGGGCGUCAGCCUGUGGCCCUCCCACGGCCGGCAGAGCCUGGAGUCCCGGCAGGAGGACCUAGAGGGAGUGCGGGGGGAGAGGGAGGAGCGGGAUGAUGGUGAAGAGGGAGGCAGAACGGAGGAGGCGGGCAGCAGGCUCCCCACUGAGGACUACAUGAACCAGAUUAUCAACCGCUGGUAGCAACAGAAGCAGAGUGAGCGACAGUUGUGCACAUGUAAUGUGAAAUUCAUACAUAAACACACUCACAUCCACGGACGCGUCGCCUGCUUCAAAGACCCUAACAGACGACGGACUAACAGAGGUUUGGGCAGUGAGAAGUGGGUUGCUAUAGAAACCGGAGCUUGGUAGAUUGCAUCAGCUCUCAUCAUUGAGCUUUGCCCAGUUGUUAUUGGCGCCUGCUUGCCGCCCCCCCCCCCCCCCCCCCUCCCCUCCUUUCUUUGUCUCACCCAUCAUCAUUACUUCCUGAGCAGGGGGAGAUCAUUUUUAAAAGUUGCUGAUGAUGGAGUUCCUCUGCCAGCUCCUCCCGGUCCCCGCCUGUAAUCUCGCAUUCCUCGCGUUUCUCUGCGGCCUGACGUGGAGCGUGAGGAAGUGAACUCAAGUCUGUGAAUUCUCACUGAAGGGCCAGUAUUCCUUCUGGAUGCUCCACUUUAUAGACAAACUGGGAAAGAAGGUGGCGCCAAACAAAGAAAAAGAUGGGGCUGCGUCAGAAGGAAAGUUAUGUAUUAAAAGCUUUGUGCUUUCAUAAAUCAGCCAUUUCACCCAUGAGCAAACUUUGAUCCUUAAUUAGUCUCAUUUCAAAAGAUGAUUUUAUUUUUAUGUUGUUUUUGUCUUUAUGCUUUGUUUAAAAGCAGAAUUGUAAUAACACUGAGACCAAUGUUGCUGCCUAAAGAGAAGUGAUUCCUUUAUUUCUUUAUUUUUAAUUGUUUAAGGAUCAGAUUGAACAAUGGACCAUAGCCAUUACUGAAGCCUUGCUUCUUUUAGGGUGGGGGAGUCGACACUUUUCUGAUCAAGGUUCCCAAAGCUCCUGUCGCUUAACAAGUUCAUUAUUUCUCCUUCUUUCUCCUCCUUUUGGGUCACAGUCCUGCAGAGAAUGACAGCCAAUUACAGAGCUGAGUCUCACAUAGGUGCGAAGAAACCAGCGGCGGGAGAGGGAGGGAGGGGGGAGUCUGCUGUUGGUGGUUGCCAGGAACUGUGCAGCGUGAGCGGCAAGCGCUUUGGAAACCUUAACUCAGACAAAUGCUUGAAAUGGGAGCUGUGGAACUACCGGUCACCAUGGUGAUGUGAGCUCUUAAUGUGGGUGGCAUUUUUACCUCUUUUUUUUAUCGACUGCGUUGUAAAAGCAGCAGUCUGAGUCGGGCCUCGGUCCCGGCAUUUCAGAAAGGGCAAACGUGGUGCUGGUGACCUGUAGUUUGUUAAUGGGAGCUGUGGGUUUGCUGGUUUCACCCUGAAGGACGGACAGGGCGAGGUAGCAGUGCCUCUAUGUACUGGGAUCAUAUUUACGUCAUUGUUGCCAGAUAUCAUGUUUGCAUUAUACUACAGUAAUUUUGUUGACUACUCAUCUGUAUGCGUGUGUGUGUGUGUGUGUGUGUGUGUGUGUGUGUGUGUGUGUGUGUGUGUGUGUGUGUGUGUGUGUGUGUGUGUGUGUGUGUGUGUGUGUGUGUGUGUGUGUGUGUGUGUGUGUAAAUAGUGUGUACAGAAUGCCUGAUUGGUGUAUGCCUUUGUAAAUAGAGAGACUGACCGACAAAGGAUGUCUGAGUUUCAUGAAUGACUUGUUUCAUGACCAAUUAGCUUACCUCCUUAUUGGUGGUGGUGGUGCAGUGACCAUCACAGAAAUGCAAGCCAAUAAACCUCACCCACCCCUUCUGUUCUAAAGCCACUGGGAUCUGACUGCUGGCGACUGCAUUCAUGAGGGACUUUCCAAAAUGUCUUGCAAAGGAUUCUCAAUUUUUCUUGCCUGAGUUGCAGACUCGCUGAAUGUUCAAAAGAUUUGAGGCAAAUGUUCUCAGAGUAGUAACUCUUCUUGAACUCUUCUCCCACAAGUGAGAAAGUCAGGAAUGUGUGACAACUUUGGUAAACUAACACACUUUCCCCCCUCCCAUUUAUGGAAAUGUCUAUAAAGAACGCUGAAAUACCCCCGUCUCACCACUAGGCAGUGUGUUAAAAGCUUCCACAUGGGGGCGCAAAAACAAUUUAAAAUGCGAAGAAAUCUCUUUUUUCUACAAAAAAAAAUUAGUUUAUAACAUCAUUUAAAAAAAUAUCUGGAACAUAGAUGGGGCCUAUGUUACGACUCAAAGAAAAGCCUACGUUCGAUAAUAUGAGAACGUUGCAACAAUAAAUUUCACAUGAUUUUUGCACAAAUGUUUAUCCACAGUUUUGUCAUAAGAAAUGCAAAAGAGUGAGUCCUAUGAAAAAAUUGCACAUUUUCUCUCAAAUGUUUGUCUCAAGUCGCUAAAAGUUGCAUCCCAGUGAGAGUUUAAACCCUUUUCCUUGUCUCUCCAUGACGUGAUAUCAGGACUGUAUCACACAGUCAGCUACAUUUCUAUUUGUUUCAAAUGUAUCAACCUGUUGACACCCAUUCAAGAUUUUAGCACAAAACCUUAGGAAUAAAUGUAAACUUUAUUAUUUUUGUUAUCAGUUUGACAUCUACUAGUAAUGCCUUCAAAGAUGUCCCUGUGGUCCCACAGGGGUCAACUUGUUUACCUGGACAGACUGCUGUUUACUCAAGCCUGAGUAACUCCGCACGCUGGAGCCAGGAAUCUGAUUGAAGGUGCACGUUUUUAUUAUUUUGUGGUUGAGAUGUCACAAAAUAUCUGGGGGACAAAACCAAAAAAACCAGAAAUGCUUUCCUGCAAGAAAACCAUUUAAUUGAGUGAGAAAAUGAGGUUUGGAGCGAUAAGGUGACGGAUGAGGCAAUAACUGCAGCCGUAUGUCAACUGGAGAGAAUCCACGUUAAGUACAUAGCAGCUAAAAUAAAUCUGUUGGUAUUUGUCCGUGUUUAGCCAGUGAUUGUUUGUCAGAGUGUAACAUGACCCAAUUACUGCAGGUGGACUUCUCCGGUUGGCAAAACGCAGGGUGCAAAUAGCUGCCAAGGCUCUUGAUCGAUAUUUAAAGUCAUCAGAUUAACGCUUGUGUUUGGGGAUGUGCUCAUGAUGAAUAAAGGAAAAGAUAAUCCUCAUGAUUGUUAUUAAAUACAUAUAAUAAAGGUUAUAUUUAUUGAUUGCCCAUAUAUUUUUUACACCUAAAGUGGAAUUGUUAUGCUUGUUGACUUUGAUUUAUUACCAUAUUGGAGCUGAACCAUGUGAUCUGCUUUUAAAUGGAAUGAUGGGAAGGAGAAAACAAAGGGGGCGGGGCUAAAGGACUCAACUGAGAGUGUGUCCUUUUUGUGUAGCAUUCAAAGUAAAGGACAGAGAGAUCCUCCCAUUCCAUAUCAGCUUCCCCAUCUUUGUAUUUUUGGAACUGGAGACUUAAAAGCGGCGCCGCUCCAGGCGUUUUGGCCGCAGUUCACCCCGACUUGCAUUAGCCCUGUGUUUGGGCUCCAAACCAUGUUGCUCUGCAGUUGAGAGCAAAAGGAAGACCCAUUUUCUGCCUCUGUGGUUUAGUUUUUUAUUAUUUUAAAUGCUCAGAAAUGUUUUUUACUGACAUCAUUCCAGAAGCAGAUGCUGUAAAGGCACAUUCAGAUACUUCUUUUGGUCAUCUGUGUUUUUUAAUUUAAAUUUUCUCUGUGAAAACGAGCAAACACCGGUAUUGCUAGCACCAUCCUUCUUCAAAGAUGCACUACAGAGUGUGAAAGGGAUUUGGCUUUGUUUUUAUGUCUGUCUCUGUCUCCUAAUGUAUGCAUCCUUCUGGGUUUGUUUCCUACGGCUGCAAAAAUGAAAUCAUCAAGCCACCGAUUAAAAUAUUUCAUUUUUACAAA